CUACUAAAUACUCGGUGAUUUUCACUUGUGUUGUGAUUAAACGCAUCAGUAACGAGUGUUCCAAACUAUUCAUUUGACCAUUUCAGAAUACUAAUUUUUAUUCAACGUCUCUGUUAGGAUUUCAGUAAUUAACAAUGAUUCCGCGGUACUCUGCGCUUCUGGUGAUCGGAUUUGUCUGCUCAAUAAGCCUCGCACAACCCGUUCAGGAUCCCAACAGCCAACCUGGCAACAUUCCUCCGAUUCCGCCUGGCUAUCCCGGACAGGUACCGGUACCGCCACAAUGUCCUCCUGGAAAGCCUCGGGAGCGAUGCGAUAACAAAGGGCUCAGAUAUCCCGAUGUCGCCAGUUUAGCCAACAAGAUUUUCUAUGACAAUACUACCGGAGCGCGCCCGUGUGACUGCAAUGCGGCAAUCCAGAAACUGCAAUCGUUCUCGGGAAGACCGAGACUGCUUUCUUCCUGCCUUGUGGACGGAACAAACGGAAACACGGAAAGUUUCUCCGGUUCUGGGGUGGACUUGGCCACUUACCUUAAUCGCUUUCCAAACUUAGGAGUUCGCUGCUCCGGAGCGCCAUGUGAAAAUGAGAGACUCUGCAUAAACCAAUGUCAUGUGAAUAUACCGUUCAAAGGUGACGAAGGUGAUGUUGUGGAUCCGGUGACCUAACUGUAAGCUAUCGGAUUCACGCCCAUAAUCCAGUUGCUACGAUGAUUGCCAGUUUUCUCUGCAUUUUUUUACGGGCUUAGGAGCAGUACUGACAGCUGUAAUUAGUUUUAUAUGUUAAAGUUUGCACCUGUAAAAGGAUCUAACAACAAAUACGAAUGGUUUGAAAUGUUGCUGUUGAAAUAUCUACUCGCAAUGAUACACAUAGACAUUCAGUGCGAAGAAUAUGCAUUCCGUUCCGUAAGAAUAUAAAUUCCGAUUAGCAAA